CAGACAAAUUAGAACGUAAGAGUUUCUUAAAACCAUAAACCUCAUAGUCUUGAGGAGACAAAUCAAGUCUCCGACAGCAAUCCACAAGCGAAACAACAAAAUCAAAGAAACGAAAGGAUUAGUUUCGUUUUCUUAAGAUUUGAAUCUUUGGAUUUUUGGAUGAAGAUACAGUGCAACGUCUGCGAGGCGGCGGAAGCGGCGGUGCUAUGUUGCGCCGAUGAAGCUGCGUUGUGUUGGGCUUGCGAUGAGAAAAUUCACGCCGCUAAUAAACUCGCUGAAAAACACCAGAGAGUCCCUCUCUCUGUCUCUUCCUCUUCCAUACCCAAAUGCGACAUUUGUCAGGAAGCUUCUGGAUUCUUCUUUUGUCUGCAAGACAGAGCUUUACUAUGUCGGAAAUGCGAUGUGGCAAUCCACACUGUGAACCCUCAUGUCUCAGCUCACCAGAGGUUUCUUCUGACUGGGAUAAGAGUUGGUCUUGAAGCUAUAGACACAGGUCCUUCUACAAAAUCAUCAUCACCAGCAUCUAAUGAUGAUAAAGCCAUGGAGACCAAACAGUUUACACUACCUACAUCUGAGCCUCAGAAGAUGGACUUUGAUCAUCAUCAGGUGGGUUUACCGGAAACUAAAGUCAGUGAUCACAUUUCCACAAAGCUUCCUUUUGCAAGCAGUGGAUCAGCUACUGGUCAGUGGCAAUUAGAGGAGAUUUUCGGAUUAACGGACUUUGAUCAGAGCUAUGAAUACAUGGAGAAUAACGGUUCAUCAUCUAAGGCUGAUACUAGUAGACGAGGAGAUUCAGACAGUUCGUCCAUGAUGAGAUCUGGAGAAGAAGAUGGAGAAGAUAACAACAACUGCUUGGGAGAUGAGACAUCAUGGGCAGUUCCACAGAUUCAUUCUCCACCAACAGCUUCUGGUCUAAACUGGCCUAAACAUUUUAACCAUCAGUCAGUGUUUGUUCCGGACAUAUCUUCUUCAACUCCGUACACCGGCUCAUCUCCUAACCAGAGGGUUGGGAAGCGGCGGCGGAGACGGUUCUAAAAACUGCAACGACCAUCGGCUGGUCUGAUAAUAGAUGUGAACCAUUGUACUGUAGGUGUUGGUCUGUGACUUGAAGUUGAAUGUUCAUAUUUGGAAUAAAUAUAUUAUAUUUGGUCAAAGAUUUGUAUGGAGAUUACAAUAAUAUGUACAUGACAUCAGUCU